ACACUGCCAGAUUAUCUUGUUUUUCUUGAUUCUUAGCCCUAUUUCUUGUUUGCAGCAGUAAGCCCCUCCCUCCUCCCUCUCCCCUCCCCAUCCUCAAAAGAAAACAUGUAGCCCAAGUAAAUGUCCAUUCAGUUGCCAAAAUUAACUAGAUUUGGCCAUAGGAUAUCCAUAGAGACAUUUCGCAUCAUGAAGCUGGGCCUGUUCUUGUGUUUUGUUGGCUGUUUGGGAUUAGGCUGGGCAGUUCCAGUGGAAAACCUCGAAAAAAUCAAACUGGACUUCUUUCCUAACAACAGCAUGCUUUUGACAAGCUUCAUGAGUACCUACUUCAUUGUGAACGUUCCAAAAUGUGUUAGUCCCAAAGAUUUUUCUCCUGUCAAAAUCAGAUUAGCAGUGGCUCAAGUUCCAGACACAAGCACUUUACCAGGUGUGAUAGAUACCGAUGACAUUGCAAAUCUCCGCAGAACACCACAAGCGACUAUAUAUUUUGCUGGUGAAUUUGAUAGUGUCUCCUGUAGAGUAACCAGAGAUCUUCUUGUAAUGGACAUGGAUGACAGCCAAUUUGAGCUGAUCACAGUUUUAGGCUACCAGGUGGGAGCAGAAUUUUGCCGUCAAACUAAAGGCCCCUACUGCAAUCAAGCCCUAAAGCCCUCCACAUAUUAUAGGGUGAAUUUCUUUUUUCUGGAUAACAAAUCUGUAAUAAGAGCUCAUACGGAUUGGUCAACAGCACUACAAACGAGAAACGUGUCAGAUCAUGAAUCUGCUGACGUGAUGUUCGGAGGACGAGCUGGAGGAAUGAUCGUAAUCACCAUUCUGGUUUCAGUUGGUGGGGCUGUCCUAGCAAUUGCCUUAAUUGUAGCAGUAGCUCUUUCAAAUAAAAAAUAACAUGUCAGGCAAGUCAGCCUUACAUUUCUUUUGGACCAGGAGUGAGUGAAAGGACUGCAGAAUAUAGAAACCCAAAUAUUAAAGAAACAAACAUGUUGAAGAAUAAGAAACAUAAUCAGAUGAAAAUGUAUAUUUGUAUUUGAUCCCAUAACAACUUUACAGAUUGAUUGCUGUUUACCACAAAUGUAAGGCCCCUUCAAACUGUAUGUUGUUGAAAUGUUUAUUUGAAAACGUAAGGGACGAAUGUUAAAAUAUGCUGGAUGGCUCUCUGUCAAGUAUACACUGUUGAUGAACCUGGGAUUGCUGCCAUAUGAAGUAAAAAUAAAUAAGUUUUGAAUCUGAACAGAAAUCACACUUCUGUAUGCUUUAGUGUGGGCAGUGGAAAUACCAGAAUUAUAAGAAAGAAAAUACUUACAAUAGAUGCCUUCAAUUGAACCACCUUCUGUUGUGGAAAGGGCGCAAACUUCACGGCUAACUUCUGGAAGCUUGAAGGUGGAUAAACUUCCAUGAAAUGAGAAUUUUCCAAGUUUGAGUUUGAAUGGUUUGGAUCUCUCAUUAAAUAUUGUCUUCUGUUUUUAUGAAGUAAAUCAGAUCACUACAUUAGGCAAAGUUUGUAAAUGUCAUCAUGCAAAGUAGUAUAAAUAAUCAUAUCCUAAUAAGAUCUGAAUUAAAGAAUUUGAAGUUGA